UCAUCUCAUUUGAAUUCUUGAUUUAAACCUGAAAAAGUGGUGAACCGAAAAAAAUAAUUGUAAUUGUGAUAAAAACUUAGUUUUCGUCAUGGAUAAAUCUACUGAAAGUGAAAAUAGCCCUGUAACGAGCGGGAAAAGUGCAAAAAACGGUAAUGGCAAAGAGCCAGGCAAAGAGAAGCCUAAAUGCGUGGAUACACAGCAGCAGCAGCAGCAACAACAACAACAGCAGAAGCCGGCGGUUAAGCGUAAACGAAAGAAGCGUGCCAAGGAUGCGAACGCCCCCGCUUACCCAUUGACGGGAUAUGUGCGCUACAUGAACGAAAAUCGGGAAACGUUCCGGCUUAAACAUCCUACGUCAACGCCCGUUGAAAUAACCAAACUGAUGGCGGAGGAGUGGGGCAACCUUUCGGAUGACGUUAAGCGGCCUUUUCUGGAAGCUGCCGAAGCUGAUCGUGAGCGAUAUCAUCGAGAAGUGACUCAGUAUAAACAACAGUCCAACAAUAACGAGGCAACAACCAGCAAAAAGAUAAAAACUAACGGGGGCGAGGAAUCGGAUAUGGCGUAUCUUAAUGGGAAGGAUGAAAAACGUGAAAUUCGUGUCGGAGAUUAUGAGAUACCCAUCUUUACUGACGACUUUUUGGAACAUAACAAACUGAUUGAUUCUGAACUCAGAGUUUUGCGUAAAUCAAACAUUGACUACGAACAGCAAAAUUCGGUUCUGGAGAAGCAUGUUGAGAAUAUGGACAAUGGUAUUCAAAAAUUGGAAAAUGAAACCAAAGGCCUAAAAAAUCGCAAUGCAAUGUUGCUGAAUCAUUUGCAAAAACUUCGUUCCGUGCUGGCGACCGCCCUGGCUGGACUACCGAUUGGGGAGGAGAAAAAGGGCGCAACGUUAGAGAAUAUCGACAAGUACAUGUCCGAUUUGCACCAGAUGGCCAAGUCUAGCACGCAUGGACAUACGCUGAAUAAAGCUAAGGAUAUAAUCCGUAAAUUGGAUCUGCAGAGUUUAGCUACGUAAAGCGAGGUAUAUAACACAUUUUGGGUUAUUUUUUGUUUAUGCUAACGUCCGUUCUUGUCAUAUGCCCAUCUCUAGUAAA